AUGGCUGCUACUGCAUACUCUCUCUGGUUGUUGCCAGAUGUUGAAAAGCAGGGGAGGCUGGAUGACUUGGUGGGUCGUGUGGCCAAGGAGUUCAACUCCUCAUGCUUUGACUUUCACGUGACCUUGCUGGGCGGGAUCAAGUCUGACAACCUCCCUGAUCUGAAGGCCAGUCUUGUGAGGCUGGCUGGCUCGCUGCAACCCUUCGACAUAUCCUUCGGUACCAACAGCAUCGCAGUUUAUGACACCUGGAAUCAGAACCUUCUGUUGUUGGCAGAAGACUCACCGGCACUGAACACCGCCAAUUUGGCAGCCCACCGCACUUUUACAGAUGCGGCUGCUCAGGAAGCCGCCUUCGCAGCUCCCAGCAUGAGGCCUCAUGGAUCUCUGCUGUAUGGGCCGCACAGCAUGGAGGAGCGCCGACAAGCGGAAGAAUGGGUGCGGAAAGAGGGUUGUUGUUCAACAGCAUUUUGGAUUUUGAUGCAUACCUGA